CGCUACCGCGUGGACUUCAGCCAACGCACAUGCUCAUGCGCGUACCUGUUCCAGAUGGGUGUGCCUUGCCGGCACUUUCUUGCUGGGCUGACUUUCUUCAAGCGCUCGGGCGAGGAGUCGGGCUACGUGGACGCGUGCUACAGCGUCAGCGUCUUCGCCGAGCAGUACGACCUACAACGCACAGGCAGCAUUGAGUUGCUGCUGGACUCGGAGCUGGAGGAAAACCACGAGGUAAGAGCCCCUAUCGUAGCGCGCAAGCGCGGCCGCCCCAAGUCGAAG